AUGGCGGAACCACACGGCCCCGUGGCAUACCCGUAUCUCGAUGCCCUCCACCAGGAGUUCCCAGUGAGCCCAGCCCAGCAACCCACGAGCAACGACCAGACAGCCACAAAAACUAAACCCCAGCUAGCACAACACGGAAUUCAUAAACGACACGCCAUUUGUGUACGCCAGCCCAACCAGCACGGCCAGCGAGCCAUCCGUGCCGCACCUAUCCCAAGACACGCAGGCCAGGCCUCCACGGAGAAGGGAGAAUCGAUACCGCAACGCUCCCCCGAGCGUCCACGGCGCCGGGCGCAGAAUCGUGCUUCGCAAAGGGCGUACCGGGAGCGCAAGGAGCAGCGCAUCCGCGACCUGGAGCACCUUCUCCAGGAAGCCCAUCGGCGCGAAGAGACGCUCACGCAGGCGUACUUGUCCCUGCGGACGGAAUACGAGAGACUGGGCGGCGAGCAGGAAGACAGGUCGAGCAUGGGGACACCAACGCCCGUCAACGGCGAGACGAUGCCAGCUCGCCUCGGUGCAGCUUCCGUGCAGCACUGCUCUGAUGUUGCGGGUGGCUUCGACUUCUCGCCCAAUGCGUACGAGUACGCCGACGACACCCAGCAGUAG